AUGAUCUCAACAGCACCGACAGAUGUAAUUCAAGAAUUACAUGUAUUCUGCGACGCUUCAACAAAAGCGUACGGAGCAGUAGCAUACGCCAAGUCAAGAAAUCCUGGAUUCAUCCGACUUGUUUGCUGUAAAACUAGGGCAGCACCACUCCCGAAAAACGAAGUUUCACUACCAAGGCUAGAACUGCUUAGCGCCGAACUCGGCAGUGUCUUAGCUGAACGAAUCGUAAACGCAAUUGACAAAGUGAAGUGGGAAGUGACACUAUGGACUGAGUCUAUGGCAGCGUUAGGUUGGAUCAAAGGAGAUCCAGGGCGAUGGAAACUAUUCGUACGGAAUAGAGUAGAGACAAUUCAGAAGAGAUUCAAACCAGAACACUGGAAACACUGUCCUGGAAAAGACAACCCAGCGGAUUUCGCAUCUCGAAGUUGCUCCGUCAAGAAGUUGACAGAGGCUUUUUCCUGGUGGGGAGGUCCCUCCUGGCUGAAACAAGAAUCGUCCGAAUGGCCUCAGCAAGACAACCCAACUUCGGAUGACCUACAAUUAAUGGAAGUCGAAACGAAAUCCAAACAGAGAAUGCAAAUUCUAGCAGUUUUCAACAUGCCAGAUUGGUUGGAUUCACUGGUUUUGAGAGUAAGCAGUUAUCUGCGAUUACUGAGAACAAUAGCCUGGAUGUACAGACUCAUGAAGAAGUUACCGCCCGGUAAGGCAAUAGAAACAGUCGGAGUAGCAGAAAUUCAUUGCCUCUCUGUCUGCGAAAUCAGCACCGCCGAGAACUUCAUUCUAAGGACUAUUCAACAGAAAGCGUUCCCAGAAAUUUAUGGAUCCCUUAAAGAAGGAAAAUCCAACAAGAAACUGCUACGCGAUCUCGACACAUUACGACCAAUUUGGGACGAAAAACAACAACUGAUACGAGUGACAGGUAGAGUAGGUCCAGCCUUAAGAGAUCAACUUAUUGAACCGCCGAUACUUCUCCCUGCAAAUGAGAGAAUAGUCGACUUGCUGAUCCACCAUCAUCAUGUCAAACGGAAACACACCGGUGUUCAAUCAACAUUAACCUAUCUCCGUAAUCGGUUCUGGAUUAUUCGUGCUCGACAACGCAUCAAGAGUGUCAUCAAGCAUUGUGGAAAAUGCCAACGAGCUCAAUCGCGCCCUUUCGACGAAGAAGCCGCUUCCAUGCCUUUGGAUCGUACCAAGAAGGCACAGCCAUUCGAAAUCAUUGGAAUUGAUUAUUUCGGGCCGAUGUACGUUUUGGAAGAGGUCCUUUUGAUUGAGAAAGACAAGGAAGGGAACGAUGUCGAGAAAACUCGGGUUGGUGAAAAAAAGGUGCACGCGUGUUUAUUCACUUGUGCCGUCACAAGAGCUGUACAUCUUGAGCUCGUGACAGACCUUACCACGAAAACGUUCAUGCUCGCUCUACGCAGAAUGAUGUCCAGAAGAGAAGAUUGUAAGACAAUCUAUAGCGAUAACGCAUCAACAUUCACAUGCGCCGCUAAACUUGUAACAGAAGACCCUACUUUAGCAAAUUGGCUAUCAAGUAAGGGAAUUGAGUGGAAAUUCUCUCCGAGCUUGGCACCCUGGUGGGGCGGGUUUUGGGAGAGAAUGGUGCGUUCGGUAAAGGAGCCGUUACGCAAGGUAUUAGGGAAAAUGAAGGUGAGCUACGAUCAACUUCACACCAUCCUGGUGGAAAUUGAAGCAAUCGUGAACUCACGACCUCUCACAUAUGUUUCCGGAGACGCACAAGCGUAUGAAGUGCUAUCUCCACAAAGACUUUUGACUGGAAGACAGCCUGGCGCCACGACGGAGACUUCCGAGCUGACCACAAUGAGCCGCAACGAGCUGAUCGACUUAGAUAAGCAACGUAGCGAACACGCUCUAACUUGGUGGAGGCUAUGGCAAGAAUCUUACUUGUCCGACUUAAAAAGAUUCCAUUGUCGCAAGGGAAAGGGUACUAGAAUCCCCCGCGUUGGCGAAAUCGUCCUGCUAAAGGAGCCAAAUAUCAAGCGUGUUUCGUGGCCUACGGCCAUUAUAACGGAAUUGAUUCCCGGCUAUGACGGCAAGAUACGAGCUGUAAAGUUACGUCUUCGUUCAGAAAAGGAAACAACACGAGGUCUCCAGACCAUUUAUCCAUUGGAAAUUCAACAUGACGUGGAUCCGCCCGUCAAUGUUUCCGUAGACGGAUCUAGAGAAGCCGAGGCUGGCCAAGAAGAAGGAGGUGCAUCCGCGCCUAAGAAGAAACCCCCCCGCAAGAAGAAAAAGGAAUCGCCGAGGAGGACUCGCGAUUCCGUCUAUAACAUGUUCGGCCAUUUUGCCGUUGUAAAUCAGCGGCUAAGUCAACUUGUUUUCCUUUAA